GCGCGCGGCGGGCCGAAGCACCGAGAAUGAAUAUCCCGGUCUCAACCGGUUCCAACCGGUCCGCGGCUGGAAGCAUGAGCUUAGAGGAAGAGCACACUGGCACGCAUUAAAACACCUCCUGCUCUCUAACAGUGUGCGCGAAUAGCAUCAGAAAUAAAAAGGAGACUCUCUCUCACUUUCGCGGUUAUGACCCGGAAUACCGCUCCCGUGCUGUUAGCUUAGCUUAGCUUUACGUUAGCCGGCAGACUUGAAUCAUCAUUGACUUUUCCCAUUUAGCGAGCUAAGUUGCUAUUAGCCUGGUGGGAGUCGGCUGCGGUGGUUGGUAGCUGAAGAAAGAUAUGUUUCAGGCUGGUUGGAGGCGGGAGAAACUAUAAGCUGUGCUCAAAGGUUCUUUAUUUUUUAUUAUUUUAAACACAUCGCCAAGAAUCGAUAAGUAUCCGACGUGUUUUUUUUAAAAUUAGCGCUGUUAGCUUAGUGUCAUCCAGGAAAGCUAACGUUAGCUUUUCGGGGCUAACGAAGGUUAGGAGCUGUGUAAAGGUGUGUGCCAUGAGAUAACACUGCCCCGGUGCUUUCACAUCGAUAGUCCCCGGUCUUCAUCUACCGAGUCACUACCAGCUCAACCGGCGCUUGUUUUUGUUUUGUUUUUUCCCCCCACGAGCAGGAGCGGACACACCAGAAUCUCUAUGCCAGCAGAAAUGACGAUGUUGGCCGAUCACCCAGCCAGACAGCUGCUGGACUUCAGUCAGAAACUGGACAUCAACCUGUUGGACAAUGUCGUCAACUCCAUGUACCACGACAUUGGAUCCCAGCAACGAGUGGCCCAGGAAGUUCUCACCAACCUGAAGGACCAUCCAGACGCCUGGAUGAGGGUCGACACCAUCCUGGAGUUCUCUCAGAACAUGAAAACUAAAUAUUACGCACUGCAGAUUCUGGAGACAGUCAUCAAAACACGCUGGAAGAUUCUCCCAAGGAAUCAGUGUGAAGGUAUCAAGAAAUAUGUUGUUGGGUUGAUCAUCAAGACUUCGUCUGAUCCUGCAAACAUGGAGAAGGAGGGAGUGUACAUUUCAAAGCUCAACAUGAUCCUCGUACAGAUCCUGAAGCAGGAAUGGCCCAAACACUGGCCCACCUUCAUCAGCGACAUCGUGGGUGCGAGUCGGACGAGCGAGAGCCUCUGUCAGAACAACAUGAUCAUCCUCAAACUGCUCAGCGAGGAGGUUUUUGACUUCUCCAGUGGCCAGAUGACCCAGGUGAAGGCCAAGCACCUCAAAGACAGCAUGUGCAACGAGUUCUCCCAAAUAUUCCAGCUGUGCCAGUUUGUGAUGGAAAACUCCCAGAAUGCCCCGCUGGUCCAUGCCACGCUGGAGACUCUCCUUCGCUUCCUGAACUGGAUUCCUUUAGGUUACAUCUUCGAGACCAAGCUCAUCAGCACUCUGGUCUACAAGUUCUUGAACGUGCCCAUGUUUCGCAAUGUGACGCUGAAAUGUUUGACGGAGAUCGCCGGAGUGAGCGUCAACCAGUACGAGGAGCAGUUUGUCAACCUGUUUACCCUAACCAUGUGCCAGCUCAAACAGAUGCUGCCUUUGAACACUAACAUCAGACUGGCCUACGCCAACGGGAAGGACGACGAGCAGAACUUCAUCCAGAACCUCAGCCUGUUCCUCUGCACCUUCCUCAAAGAACACGGCCAGCUCAUCGAGAAGAGACCCAACCUGCGAGAGACUCUGAUGGAGGCCCUGCACUACAUGCUGCUGGUGUCGGAGGUGGAAGAGACGGAGAUCUUUAAGAUCUGUCUGGAGUACUGGAACCACCUGGCGGCAGAGCUCUACAGGGAGAGUCCCUUCUCCACCUCCAGCACCCCACUGCUGUCUGACGUCCCGCCUCGCAGACACCUCUACCUGCCUGUGCUCUCCCAGGUGCGUUUGCUCAUGGUCAGCCGCAUGGCCAAACCAGAGGAGGUGCUGGUGGUGGAGAACGACCAGGGCGAAGUGGUCAGGGAGUUCAUGAAGGACACAGACGCCAUUAACCUUUACAAGAACAUGAGAGAGACUCUGGUGUACCUAACCCAUCUGGACUAUGCCGACACUGAACGCAUCAUGACGGAGAAGCUCCACAACCAGGUGAACGGCACCGAGUGGUCGUGGAGGAACCUGAACAUGCUCUGCUGGGCCAUCGGCUCCAUCAGCGGAGCGAUGCACGAGGAGGACGAGAAGAGGUUCCUCGUCACCGUCAUCAAGGACCUGCUCGGCUUGUGUGAGCAGAAAAGAGGGAAGGACAACAAGGCCAUCAUAGCGUCCAACAUCAUGUACAUUGUGGGCCAGUAUCCUCGCUUCCUCCGAGCCCACUGGAAGUUCCUCAAGACUGUCGUCAACAAACUGUUUGAGUUCAUGCACGAGACUCAUGACGGCGUGCAGGACAUGGCAUGUGACACCUUCAUCAAGAUCGCCCAGAAGUGCCGGCGUCAUUUUGUCCAGGUUCAGGUCGGCGAGGUGAUGCCCUUCAUCGACGAGAUCCUCAACAACAUCAACACCAUCAUCUGUGACCUGCAGCCACAGCAGGUCCAUACGUUUUAUGAGGCUGUUGGCUACAUGAUUGGAGCUCAGAACGACCAGGCGGUUCAGGAGCUUCUGAUAGAGAAGUACAUGCUGCUGCCCAACCAGGUGUGGGACAGCAUCAUCCAGCAGGCCACCAAGAACGUGGACAUCCUGAAGGAUGCGGAGACGGUGCGUCAGCUGGGCAGCAUCCUAAAGACAAACGUCAGGGCCUGUAAAGCUGUCGGUCAUCCCUUUGUUGUCCAGCUGGGACGAAUCUACCUGGACAUGCUCAACGUCUACAAGUGCCUGAGUGAAAACAUCUCCUCGGCUGUCCAGACCAACGGUGAGAUGGUGACCAAGCAGCCUCUGAUCAGGAGUAUGAGGACGGUGAAGAGAGAGACCUUGAAGCUGAUCUCAGGCUGGGUCAGUCGCUCCAACGACCCUCAGAUGGUGGCAGAAAACUUUGUGCCCCCCCUGCUGGAGGCGGUGCUCAUCGACUACCAGAGGAACGUCCCAGCCGCCCGGGAGCCUGAGGUCCUCAGCACCAUGGCGACCAUCGUCAACAAGCUGGGAGUCCACAUCACAGGAGAGAUCCCCAAGAUCUUUGACGCCGUCUUUGAGUGCACUUUGAACAUGAUCAACAAGGACUUUGAAGAAUUCCCAGAACACAGAACCCAUUUUUUCUACCUCCUUCAAGCCGCCACCUCCCAGUGCUUCCCAGCCUUCCUGUCCAUCGCCCCGGCACAGUUCAAACUGAUCCUAGACUCCAUCAUCUGGGCCUUCAAGCACACGAUGAGGAAUGUGGCCGACACAGGUCUCCAGAUCCUUUACACCCUCCUGCAGAACGUUUCUGGCGAGGAGGCAGCAGCACAGAGCUUCUACCAGACGUACUUCUGUGACGUCCUUCAGCACAUCUUCUCUGUGGUUACAGACACCUCUCACACUGCAGGUCUGACCAUGCACGCCACCAUCUUGGCCUACAUGUUCAACCUGGUGGAGGAGGGGAAGGUCAGUGUUGCUCUGAGCGCCGCCAGUCCGGCCAACAACCAGGCACACGUCCAGGAGUACAUCGCCAACCUGCUGAAGACGGCCUUCCCCCAUCUGCAAGAUGCCCAGGUGAAGGUGUUCGUAACGGGUCUGUUCAGCCUGAAUCAAGACAUCCCCGCCUUCAAGGAGCACCUGAGGGACUUCCUCGUGCAGAUCAAGGAGUUUGCUGGCGAGGACACGACGGACCUGUUCCUGGAGGAGAGGGAGACGGCUCUGCGCCAAGCCCAGGAGGAGAAACACAAGCUCCAGAUGUCAGUGCCCGGCAUCCUCAACCCUCACGAGCUGCCGGAGGAGAUGUGCGACUGAAGCGGCGGCGGCGGCGCGUACAAAAACGGCACUGAAGGGGGAAAGGUCAAGAGAGAGCAAGGGCGCUUCCUGUUGAUAAAUAGUUUUCUUUUCAAGUGUGUUUGUGUGCGAGUGUGUGUGUUUGAAAAGAGAAUGAGGGGCCAUAGGAAGGACCCCAGCACUCGGUUGUACGUCGACCAAAUCAAUGUCAAUAUGUAAAUGAGAAUCGUCCCCCUGACCCCCCCUCCACCCUGGCGCGGAUUCUUUUUUUUUUUUUUUUCUUUUUCCUACAAACUUAUUUUAUACAAAGAUUUUUUUUUUUGUGUGUAAUAUGCCAUCUUUUGUUAAUCCUUUGCUAAUUAAAGCUUUAUGUUUGGCCAUAUGGUUCUUCUACACCUGCAUGAAGUUGAAAGAAUUUUCGGUUAUUUUUAAUCCCUCUUCACCCUCCAUUCACCUCCUCUUCCUAUUUGUUAAUAUGUAAUAUAUAAUGUUCAAACACUUGCAAUGGUUAGUUGACUAAUUGCUCUGGUUUCAGAAGUGCCAUGUGCAUGGUGCAGGACGAAUGUGACCCUCAAGGGGGGGUAGACAUGUACUUCCUUGCUUCCUUUGUUGUCUUGUUUUGGUUUGUUUAGUGUGUUUUUUUUUUUUUUCUUUUAUUCUGGCUCUCUGUGUCGGAGCUUCAGUUGGACCGCUCUGCGUUUGGAUGAGAAGGAAGGCUGUAUGCAUAUCAUCCUGUUUGUAAAGCUGUCUUAGUACUCUGAGAAUAUAAAGUUGGCUAUUUUUACAAAAAAAAAAAAAAAACCUGCUGUGAGACUCUGCUUCUUACCCAAAAGCCCCGAAGGUUUACGGAAAGCCUGGAAAAGACGAGGAAUGUCACACCUCGGCUUCCAGGACAUGAAGGGUUAUUGCAAAUGACAUGUUUCUAAAAGGUUCUGGAAAGUUGGAAAUAGUUUUUUUUAAGCUUGGCUGUGUAGGUUUAGUUGUGUUUCUCGGGGGUCAUUGCAGGGGAGUGACCCCCCCCGACCAGGUGGAAAGAUGUGGAGUGAAACUAAAGUUGAAUGGACCUUUUCUCACAGCAGACGUUUUAGCUCCAGUACGACACUGAACUACUGAACAUAACAUUAUUAAUUGCAACCAUCGAUGUCAUCAGCUCCACCUGUGAUUUCCCUUCUACAACACCAAAUGUCUAGUGUAAAUAAAAGUAUUUGACUCGG